GACCCGAAGAAGAAGAAGAGGUCGAUUUUGACAAGAAGGAAGAGUGAUGGAGUUGGGUGGCGGAGAGAAAAAACGAGUGGUGGUGGUCGGAGGCGGCGUCGCUGGCUCUCUUCUUGCAAAGUCUCUGCAAUUCAACGCUGAUUUCACCCUCAUUGAUAAGAAGGAAUAUUUUGAGAUUCCAUGGGCAAGCUUGAGGACCAUGGUGGAGCCCUCAUUUGGGGAGAGAUCUGUGAUCAACCAUAGAGAUUACCUCACUAAUGGCCAUCUUAUUACAUCCGGAGCAAUCAAUAUCACUGACACUGAAGUGUUGACUGGAGAAGGCCGUCUGAUUCCCUAUGACUACCUUGUCAUUGCCACUGGCCAUGCAGAUUCUGUUCCAAAAAGUAAGACUGGGAGGCUUAAGGAAUUCCAAGAAGAUAAUCAGAAGAUAAGAUCAGCUAAUUCCAUUUUGAUUGUUGGAGGAGGACCUACUGGUGUAGAACUUGCUGGAGAAAUUGCUACUGAUUUUCCAGAUAAGAAAAUUACUCUGGUUCAUACUGGAUCAAGGUUGUUGGAAUUCAUUGGACCAAAAGCUGCAGACAAGACUCUUAAUUGGUUUCAGUCAAGGAAUGUUGAAGUGAUAUUGGAGCAAUCAGUCAAUUUAAACAAUAUCACUGACUCACCUGGAAGCAAAACCUAUCAGACUUCAGAAGGACAAACGUUCCAAGCAGAUUGUCAUUUCUUCUGCAUAGGGAAACGUCUCGGUUCAGCAUGGCUCAAAGAAACAGUUCUGAAGAGUAGCUUGGAUAUUCAUGGGAGAUUGGUAGUUGACCAGAAUUUGAGAGUCAAAGGGAGAAAAAACGUCUUUGCAAUCGGAGACAUUACUAAUAUUCCAGAAAUCAAGCAAGGGUAUUUGGCGCAAAAACAGGCUUUGGUGGCUGCAAAGAACUUAAAGCUAUUACUUGCAGGUGGAAGAGAAAGUAAAAUGGCAACUUAUGAAGCUCAUUCGGGGGUGGCACUUGUUUCACUAGGAAGGAAACAUGGGGUUGCACAGUUCCCAUACACUACUUGUAUUGGACGCAUUCCUGGACUGAUCAAAUCUAAAGAUCUUUUUGUGGGGAAGACCAGGAAGCAGCUGGGGCUAGAAGAAGCCUAGAAGCAGCUACAUCUACAAAUAUAAUUUGGAUUGUAAGUGAAUACAGACUCUUCAUUCUUCUUUUUGGUCGGGUACAUAUAUGAGCAGCAUGCAUAACGAGUGAUGUAUAUAUAUACAUAGAAUUCAAUAGUUUUUUUUGUUUUAUGAUUGUUCUCAUCUGGAUCAGUCACUUUGUUGUUUAUUACAAGUCUUGUUACAGUAUUUAAGGGUGGAAAAUUUGAACAUGUGACUAUUUGUUAUUUAGUUAUGUUAAAUCUGGUCUUCUUAUCAUAAUAUCAAGUACGCCAAACACAUUUGGGUCA